CACCGCCGUAAGCCUGUAAGCGGCAAGCAGAAGAAGCAGCUGCUCAAGGAGAAGCGCGAGAAGAGAGCCAACACGCAGCAGCGCUGCCAAGACAGCGACGACGAUGAGGUCCCAGGCCCCUCUGGCCCCAGCAGGGACCGUCUGGGGGACUACACCUCCAAAAUAUUCAGCGUCAACCGCCAGCCCCAGCAACGUGGGGCCAGGGCCAACAGAUAUAACCUGCAGUUCAACAAGGACAAGCUCGACGCAGAGUUCGCCAGGAGCAAGCAGGAGGUGUACGCGCCCAUCGCUGUCGCCGACCCCGCCGCCCUCGAGUACUCUUCUGAGGACUUCUUCCCUCCUGGCCUCACCUUCCCUCAGCGGCCUCAAGGCUACCAGAAGAUGACCAAAGAGACGCUGGAGAUGCACGAGGCCCGCAGCGUGCGGUUGUUCGCUGAGGAGACGCAGGAGAAAUUCGGUGACCGCGACCUGAACCUGUACGAGCAGAACACGGAGACCUGGCGCCAGCUGUGGCGGGUCAUGGACAAGUCGGACGUGCUGCUCUUCAUCGUCGACUGCAGGUUUGCUCUUGAUGCCGUCGCUAAGCCCUCAGUGGACCUGCGCAGCUGGCGGGAGAAGCUGGAGGCCGAGGCCCUGGACGCCGGUCCCGACGAAGAGGUUUUCAAGCCCGAGAACAACGACGAUGAUUUCGAUGACGACGAUAAUGACAAUGAUGGUGAUGGUGAAGAUGACGAGGAGGAGGAGGAGGAAGAAGAAGAUGCUGGCCCUCAAGUGGAGGGAGCUGAGGGUGCCCCCAAAACCUUCACCAUCGGGACCAUCGGCUACCCCAACGUGGGCAAGUCCUCUCUCAUCAACGCCAUCCUGGGGCAGCACAAAGUGAGCGUGAGCAACACGCCCGGCCACACAAAACACUUCCAGACUCACUUCCUCACACGAGACCGCUCAGUCCUCCUGUGUGACUGCCCAGGGCUCAUCUUCCCGUCUGUGUGUCCAUACAAGCUCCAGGUGUUAUCUGGGACGUUCCCCAUCUCGCAAGUGCGGUCGCCAAUGUCUGUGGUGGGGUUCCUGGCUGCUCAUAUCAACGUGCCUCGCGCCCUGCGCAUCACCUUCCCCCAGGAAUACCUGGACGACACUGGGGGUCAACCGCAGUGGACGCCUUUUUAUAUAGCUGAAGCGUGGGCGAUACGGCGGCACUUCAAGAUCAAAGGGCGUGGCGGCCGCCCUGACGUCAGCCGCGCGGCCAACGAACUCCUGCGCCUGUCAUGGCGAGUGCAGCUGCCGUGCUGGCGAGUGCAGCUGCCGUGCUGGUGA